CCAGGAGCUUCUGCCGCCAUCAUGAUCCCGAAGCCUCAGGAGGAGUCGGGAGCGCUCUUGAUCCGCCGGAAUAUGGUGAGCCCUCAUUGGUCGGCCAGGGGGGGCUGAGCCAGAAGUCUCUUCACUCAGGUCAGAAUUUGAGAUGAUUGAGGACGUGAGCGGCCACGUGGAGCAUCAGAGUGCAGAGGAGCUGGAGUGCAAGAUAUGCUACUGCUCCUACAACCUGGGGAGCCGCCGGCCCAAGGUUCUGGAAUGCCAGCACCGCCUGUGCGCCAAGUGCCUAGCCAAGAUCCAGGACCUGGCGGAGUCGCCUCCCAGCACCGUGGUCUGUCCCUUCUGCCGCUAUGUGACCAGGCUGCUCGGAGACGCCGCCUGCUGCCUCCCGGACGACUACGACCUGCUGGCCGCGCUGGCCCUGGGGAGCCGCAACCUCACCUUCUGUCGGGACGAACUCCUGCUGGAUCCCCGUCGUUUGAGCUCCUGGAUGGGAAGCGAAACCACCUCCGCUGCCGCUUACUCCUCCAUCCGAGGCUCUCCUAACUUUGUGGUCAUCACCAUCAUGGAGCCUCCGCCGGCUCCCUCCCCGGAACGAGCGGUCGUCCGGCAGGACUCGGCGGCGUCUGUCGCGCAGAGGCGGUCCUUGCGGAACUGCGCCGUCUCUCUGUGCCGGACGUCGGCACGGGCCCUGGUAUGGGUGCUUGGGCUGCUCUACUUCAGCUCCCUGCCAGUUGGGGUCUACCUGCUCAUCAUGCAGCAGACCGCCGCGGGGGUCCUCCUGGUGAGCCUGGUCCCCGCCAGUCUGGUCACAGUGAUGGUCUACGGCUUCUGCCAAUGCGUGUGCACCGAGGUCUGGAAUUGCUUGCCACCGUAGCUGCACCGCGCGUACCUUUUGGACAUUUUUUCUGGUGUUGCAGUAUCAGUUCCGACAGGGACAUAACUAGGUCUUAAGAACAGGGGGGGUUUAGCCCCUAGAACAGGGGUGGGCAAACUAUUCCACAAAGGGCCGCAGUGGGUGCGGGUUUUUGUUCAUACCCAUCAUGAGUACAGCCUUUCACAAAUCUGGUUUCUUACAAGUGCAAUCAAUUGAUUGCAGUCAGGUGCUUCUUGUUUCCACUGAAACCUCAUUGGUUAAACUGUCUGUGCUGAAUCAGUUGGAACAAAGACCAGGACCCACUGUGGCCCUUGAGGACCGGUUUGCCCACCCCUGCCCUAGAAGAUGCACAGGAUGUAAGUGAACGUAGCAUACAAGCACAAAAACAGCUAACAAAGACUGAUAAUUUAUUCAUUAUUAUCAUUAUCGUUGUUGUUUCGGUCUAUUUUUUAAUACAGUAGAACAACAGGGGAAAAUGGCUCCAAUUGCAAAUUACUUGGUAGAUGGAGGCAUCAAAAAAUGCCGUUUGUGUUUAAGGGUGUUGAUCAGUCUGUUGUGAUUCAGAUGAGGUGUAUGUAUGCUUUCUACAGUAUCAUCAUUUUCUAGGCUUGGUCCACUUUCUAAUCAUUACUCUCCUACUCACACUUUCCAGUAGAGGUCUCUCACCCUCUUUGCUCCUCUGCUCUGACUCCUACAGGUCAAUAAAGGUAGUGGAGUGAUUAUUAUGAGUGUAUUAUUAUGACUAUUCACUGUUGAUAAUUAUACGUGAAUGAGCUCAGCUCCUGUACUCAUCUAUGCGUUAAGUGAGAAACACUGCUGAUGAUCCAGAAGGAAGUCACCCCCAAAAAAGAGUGGUAAAAAGA